ACCCGGAUUAUUUUGUGAGACGGGAGACAUGUUUGUUUUGCUUUCAGUCACCCUGUGUUUCCUUGGUUACAUUAUUUGUAUAAAACUGAUAUAUAAUAGAUUUAAGCGGCUAUGGCCGUCGUCACGGAGUAACAUUUUACGUUCUUCGAGUCCUGCUAAAGAUGUAAACUUUCUGCCGUCACGUGAUCCGUCUGAUUCGCCGUGCAGGACUUGCGGUAAUGCCGCGCGCCCGUUUGAUGAAGUGCGGGUUCUGCUCGUCACCGCGCAUCCUGAUGACGAAUGCAUGUUUUUUGCACCAGCGCUUUUAAAACUGACCGAAUCAAAUGCAGCCGUUCACUUGCUGUGCUUGUCAUCAGGGAAUUACUACAAUCAAGGGGCCCAGCGUAAAGAGGAACUGCUUGGCAGCUGUGCUGUUUUAGGAAUUCCAGCUCACCGAGUCACUGUUAUUGACAACAAAGAGUUGCAGGAUGACCCAAAGACUGAGUGGAGCAUUGCGCUGACCGCAUCACUGAUCCUUAAACACAUCACAGCUUAUUCCAUUAACCUGGUGCUGACAUUUGAUAAGGGAGGAGUGAGCGGGCACGCCAAUCACAUCUCCAUCUACAAAGCAUUCAGUCAUCUAGCAUUUGUUGGGAGAAUACCUGAAGAUUGCCAGGUCCUCUCCCUACAGACCAUUAGCAUCCUCAGGAAGUAUCUGUCUAUCUUUGAGCUGCCAAUCAGCUGGCUCUUACCCUCGGCCUUCUGCUGCAUCAUAGGACCAAACGAAUACAAAAAAGCUAAGGAGGCCAUGUUUCAUCACAGCUCACAGCUCCUCUGGUUCAGACACCUCUACAUAUUGUUCUCACGCUACAUGUUUGUGAACACCUUUCGAGUCGUGCCCGUAGAGAAAAAUGAUGUGAAGUUCUACUAGAAGGAAUGCUCUCCGACUCUGAAGAGUACUGUGACUGUCCAAAAUAAAGCACUGAUUUUUUUUUUUUCCUUUUCAAUUUAAUGAUUAUAAGAAAUGCCCUGCACACACGCACACAGCUCAAUUUACUGGAAUAUAGCUUUAUUUAUUUUUUUUUAAAUUGUAAAAAAAAAAAAAAAAAAAUUUUAGUUGUUACAUGUUCUGUGUUUUGUUAUACUACUACUUUAAUGCCACUUUCACAGUUUACUUAUUCUUGGACUUUAAAUACUUUCAACACUACAUAACCUGUUAAAGUGGAAAAUAGCCAAAGGCUGUGACAUUAUUUAAACAUUUCAUUCCAUCUUGUAUGCGUGGAGUGUUUUGUUAAAACCAUAUAUAUAUAUAUAUAUAACCAAACGUAUAGUGUGAAAGCUGCUUGUGUUCUGUUGUGGACAAGAGUAAGACUUGUCUACUGUACCAAUUAACUUUGAAUACCUGAAUACGCUUUGUAAAUAGUUUGUAUCAGUGUUAUUAUCGAUGUUAUUUCAUUAAACUCCUAAGAUUUAAGAAUAAAUAAUUCCAGAUGAA